AUGCCUUUGGUAGAGGUACUCGAGAAAAUGCCAGGGUAUGCUAAAUUCGUGAACGACCUUGUGAUGAAGAAAAUAGUGGUGAGCUACGAACCGGAGGAUAAUCUCCAACAUUAUAGUGUCAUUUCUACACGAUCCUUAGUGCAGAAGAAGGUCGACCUUGGAGCAUUCACUAUUCCAUGUACAAUCGGGUCUCUCAAUUUUGCUAAGGCCCUAUGUGAUCUGGGGGCGAGCAUAAAUUUGAUGUCGCUAGCCGUGUAUAAAACUUUAUGUUUGGGGGAUCCUACCCCGAAAAACAUGCGGUUGGUGAUGGCGGAUAGGUCUAUAAAGGGACCAGUAGGAAUAUUACAUGAUGUAUUGGUAAAGGUGGCUGACUUUAUACUUCCUGCUGAUAUUGUAGUCCUAGACUGUGAGACGAAUUUUAAAGUACCCAUCAUUUUAGGUAGACUAUUCCUUGCUACUGGGAGAGUAGUAGUGGACAUGGAGCUAAAGUUCAGGUUCAAUGACAAAGAAGAAAGAUUUGAAAUGUACUCAUCCAUGACACCGCAAAAGGAUAUGAGUGUUUUAUCAAUCGUGGAUGUGUUUUAUGAAGAUGGGAAAGAGGAAGCAAAGGAAAAAGAAAACCCUAAAAAUCCUUUUCCACCUCCACCAUUUGAGGUAGAGGAGAGUGAAGAAAGUGAUACUGAAGUAACAACACCACCUGACAGUACAGCUUCUGAGCAGACGGAUUUUGAGCAGUCUAAGUCUGAGCAUUCCGAGUCUGGGGAGCCUGAGUCAGAGCAUGCUGAAUCUAAGCAACUUGAAUCUGAGGGACCAUCAUUUGAGUCCCCUUCUGCUAAGCAAUAG